AUGGGUACCCCCAUGCCAACGUCUCCCCAUUCCCCCCAUUCCCCCCAUUCGGCUCAGUCGUCUCAUUCGCCUCAGGCAAGCGAGAUCAGCCUGUCUUCGCACACCCAUCCUCAAGCCCAGGGUUACGGCUUCGAAGAAAAGUCCGAACAAGCCGAAAGUCAACAAUCCCUCCUCUACCGGAACCAGCCGAGUCCCCUCAAUGCACCUUUCGAUGAUCCCUAUGCCUCGACCGAUUCCCUGCGGCGCUACACACUUCAAGACCCCGGCGUGACCAUCUUCCCGAAUGGGCCGUACCAGGAGCCCUCCCAGGCCGCCUCGGGCGUGUUUAACCGCCGCUCGGGGAUUCAGUCUCCCAUGUCCGAGACGCCCUCGGAGGCCUGGCAGCAGCGGCAGGCCCCCGGCUCCGGCCUCCGACGCUACGCGACCCGUAAAAUCAAACUGGUGCAGGGCUCCGUGCUGAGCGUGGACUAUCCCGUGCCGAGUGCGAUUCAAAAUGCCAUCCAGAGAGAGUAUCGGGAAUCGGAGGAGGGUUUCCCGGAGGAGUUCACCCAUCUGCGCUAUACAGCCGCCACCUGUGACCCCGACGAGUUUACGUUGCGCAACGGAUACAACUUGCGACCGGCCAUGUACAACCGACACACGGAAUUGCUCAUUGCCAUCACCUAUUACAAUGAAGACAAGGUGCUCACUGCGCGCACCCUGCACGGCGUCAUGCAGAACAUUCGGGAUAUCGUCAACCUGAAGAAGUCGGAGUUCUGGAACAAGGGUGGACCGGCAUGGCAGAAGAUCGUCGUCUGCUUGGUUUUCGACGGUAUCGACCCGUGCGAUAAGAACACCCUCGAUAUGCUAGCCACCGUCGGUAUCUACCAGGACGGCAUCAUGAAGCGGUCCGUGGACGGCAGAGAAACCAUGUCUCACAUUUUCGAGUACACCACGCAGCUGUCCGUCACUGCCAGCCAGCAAUUGAUUCGGCCCCAAGGCAACGAGUCGACCAACCUCCCGCCCGUUCAGAUGAUCUUCUGUCUGAAGCAAAAGAACAGCAAGAAGAUCAACUCUCACCGUUGGCUGUUUAACGGCUUCUGCCGUAUUUUAAACCCGGAGGUGGUGAUUCUGAUCGAUGCCGGUACCAAACCCGGCAAGAAAUCCCUCCUUGCUCUGUGGGAGUCGUUCUACAACGACAAGAACCUUGGCGGAUCUUGCGGUGAGAUUCACGCGAUGUUGGGUAAAAGCUGGAAGAACCUGAUGAACCCUCUCGUCGCGGCGCAGAACUUCGAGUAUAAGAUCUCGAAUAUUCUCGAUAAACCCCUCGAGAGUGCUUUUGGAUACGUGAGCGUGUUGCCCGGUGCCUUCUCGGCUUAUCGCUAUCGGGCGAUUAUGGGCCGGCCUCUCGAGCAGUACUUCCACGGUGAUCACACGCUCUCGAAACAGCUUGGCAAGAAAGGUAUCGAGGGUAUGAACAUUUUCAAGAAGAACAUGUUCCUUGCUGAGGAUCGUAUCCUGUGUUUCGAACUGGUGGCCAAGGCUGGUUUCAAGUGGCAUUUGACCUACGUCAAGGCGUCCAAGGGUGAGACCGAUGUCCCCGAGGGCGCUGCGGAGUUUCUCGGUCAGCGGCGACGAUGGCUUAACGGCUCGUUCGCUGCCAGUUUGUAUAGCAUUAUGCACUUCAACCGGAUUUAUAAGAGUGGCCAUAACAUCAUUCGUCUGUUUUUCCUCCACGUGCAAAUGGUCUACAACUGUGCGCUUCUCAUCAUGACCUGGUUCUCUCUCGCUUCGUUCUGGUUGACCACUUCCGUUAUUAUGGAUCUCGUGGGAACUCCUAGCGCGGCCAACAGAUACAAGGGGUGGCCUUUUGGUAACGAAGCGUCUCCCAUUGUCAACAAUUUCCUCAAGUAUGGCUACGUGUUCUUCCUGAUGCUCCAAUUCAUUCUGGCCCUUGGAAACCGACCGAAGGGUUCUCGCCUGUAUUACACGCUCUCUUUCGUCUACUUCUCCAUUGUCCAGGCCUACAUUCUGGUUCUGGCGUUCUACCUAGUGAAGAACGCCUUUAGCGGAGGUACUCUGGAUUUCGACAUGAGCCAGGGCGUGGGCGUGUUCCUGUCGUCCUUCUUCAGUUCGACCGGAGCCGGUAUCGUCCUGAUCGCAUUGGUAUCGAUCUACGGUAUCUACUUCGUAGCGAGUUUCCUGUACAUGGACCCCUGGCACAUGUUCACCUCGUCCUGGGCCUACUUCUGUGGAAUGACGUGCUCGAUCAACGUUCUGAUGGUGUACGCGUUCUGCAACUGGCACGACGUCUCGUGGGGAACCAAGGGAUCUGACAAGAGCGAGGCACUGCCCGAGGCUCAAACGAAGAAGGAUGACGCCAAGUCCAACUUCAUCGAGGAAGUCGACAAGCCGCAGGCGGAUAUUGACAGCCAGUUCGAGUCGACGGUCAAGCGAGCGCUGGCGCCGUUCGUGGAGCCGGUGGAACAGGAUGAUAUGAGCAUGGACGACUCGUACAAGGCGUUCCGAACCAACCUGGUGCUGCUUUGGAUCUUCAGCAACCUGGUGGUGGUUCUGUGCAUUACUAGCGAAGGCAUCAACCGAUUCUGCUUGACGAACACUUCGACGGUACGGACGACGCACUAUUUCGCCGCCAUCCUGUGGACCACCGCCGGCCUGUCGCUCUUCCGCUUCAUCGGAUCCCUCUGGUUCCUGGGCAAGUCGGGCAUUCUGUGCUGCGUGUCCCGGCGCUAA